AUGACGUCGGCUGGUCUUUUGGUCUUCUGCUCCGUGCUCACAAGGACGCUAUGCGUUAUUGCUCCACAGAUACCAGAUUUCAAAAUCGGUGACAAAAAGAUUAUAAACGGUCCUUUCUGGUCCGAGGUCUUCACGGAGACGUAUGAAGACCACGAAGAGGACAUCUCCACAACUACUUCUGAGCCUUUGCCUUUCUUCGAAGAUGAUGCUUCGACUAAUAAUGUGACCGCCCAGCUGGGCAGUCGUGUUCAUCUGCACUGCAGAGUUCACGACUUAGGGGAGAAAACGAUAUCCUGGGUUCGCCGCCGUGGCGAAGAACUCCAUCUCCUGUCCUUCGGCCGUCAUACUUACUCAGCUGAUUCCCGUUACUCUUUAGCCUUCGAGCAUCCUAACGAUUGGCGACUCCUCAUCCAGUACGUGAGUGAGAGAGACGACGGAUUCUACGAGUGUCAAAUAUCUACUCAUCCUCCGUUAGUUAGGAGAGUUUACUUGUCUGUUGUCGGUAAGUUUUCAAUUUUUUUAACACGCCUUUGA